AUGGCAUUCCCCAAGGUACCCGCCAGCGGUGUCUGGUGUCCCGCUGUCACUAUGUUUGAUCCAGCAACGGACAGUCUCGACUUGGAGGCUCAGGCCAAAUAUUACUCUUACCUAUCACAAACGGGUCUGGCAGGACUGGUCAUUCUCGGCACAAACGCCGAGGCGUUCCUCCUCACACGCGAGGAGCGCAAGGCACUCAUCGCAACGGCGCGCAGUGCCUGCGGCCCGGAUUGUCCGUUGAUGGCUGGUGUGGGCGCGCACUCAACCCGCCAGACUCUGGAAUUAGUCGAGGACGCAGUCGCAGCCGGCGCGAAUUAUCUAUUAGUGCUUCCACCUGCGUACUUCGGAAAGGCCACCACCCCUGCCGUCAUCGAGAGCUUUUUCGCAGACAUCGCGGAGAAGAGCCCGAUACCGGUCGUCAUUUAUAACUUCCCGGGCGUCUGCAACGGUGUCGACUUGGACUCGGCCAUGAUCGCCAAGCUUGCAAAGCGACACUCCAAUAUUGUCGGGGUUAAACUGACAUGUGGCUCAGUUGCCAAAAUCACCCGCCUUGCUGCUGAGCUACCAUCGGAGCGUUUCGCCGUCUUCGGGGGCCAGUCGGAUUUCCUACUCGGUGGCCUCGCUAGCGGUUCUGCUGGCUGUAUCGCUGCAUUUGCCAAUGUGUUUCCCAAGACAAUUGUGAAGAUCUACAACUUGUGGAAAGAAGGCAAGACCCAGGAAGCCCUCCUCCUACACCAAAAGGCUGCACUGGCAGAGCAACCGUGCAAGAGUGGUAUUGCCGCAACAAAGUACGCUGCUGCUAUUUUCACUGCCAAAGCUGCUGGUAUCGAGGAUGCCGUGACGAAGAUGCAACCCAGGAGGCCGUACACCGCUCCUUCGGAAGACGCGAAGAAGGUGGUCCAGGAGACCAUGGCCGAGGUCGCCACGCUUGAGUAUCAAUGA